AACUAAUGAAAUGACCACCCACACAAGGAGAAAGAAGACGACGCUGAAGCGAGAGCGAAAUAAAGACUCGAGAGAGGGGGAUCGGGUACAGUACAACCCCGGUGUAUUUUAGCUUGCACCAGCGACAUGAGCUUUCUCUUCGGCCACAGAAAAACUCCCGCAGAGCUUCUGCGGGAGAAUAAGAGGAUGCUAGACAAAUCCAUUAGAGAAAUAGAAAGGGAAAGACAAGGUCUACAAACCCAAGAAAAGAAGCUGAUUGUAGAGAUAAAGAAGAAUGCUAAACAAGGACAGAUGGGGGCAGUUAGAGUGAUGGCUAAAGAUCUUAUUAGAACUCGGCAUCAGGUUGAAAAGUUUUAUAAGCUUAAAUCACAACUCCAGGGUGUAUCUUUGAGAAUCCAGACUCUCAAAUCAACUCAAGCAAUGGGAGAGGCCAUGAAAGGUGUUACCAAGGCAAUGGGUCAGAUGAAUAGGCAGAUGAACCUGCCAUCAUUGCAGAAGAUUAUGCAAGAGUUUGAGAGGCAGAAUGAAAAGAUGGAAAUGGUGACUGAGGUAAUGGGAGAUGCCGUUGAUGAUGCUCUGGAAGGGGAUGAAGAAGAGCAAGAAACCGAUGACCUUGUGAAUCAGGUGCUUGAUGAGAUUGGAAUCAAUAUCAAUUCUGAGCUUUUGAAUGCACCCUCAGCUUCUGUCAGUGCACCAGUUGCAACAAACAAGGUAGCCCAAGCAGAGAAUGAAGAUGGUGGAAUAGACAACGAUUUACAGGCAAGGUUGGAUAAUUUAAGAAGGAUGUAAAUUUGUGAAGAUGAGAGAAGCAUCACAGUCGAAAGAUGAUAAUAAUGCGCUUUAUAAUAUUUGAUUGUGCGUUUAAAGCACAUAGUCACGUCAUGUUGUUGGCUUUUGAAUGUACGCUCGCCCCCUUUUUUUUUGUGUAAAUAUAUGUUUGAUGUUUGUAAUAAAUCUUAGUGUUGAAGUGCCUUGGAAGAAUUA